UAGUGUUUGUUGUUCUUCUGAUCACAGUAGAAUGGCGAAUCUUCUUCGCGGUCUGGCUUUAUUCAUUGUGUAUUCUCUGUGUUUAAGUGGGGGACAUUGUACAUGGUGGAAUCCUUAUGAAUGGCGGUACUACUGGAUCAACUGGGCAGACAAAWCACACAAAGAAAUAAGUGCUGAAGAUGAAACAGUGAUUGAAAUCCAGCCAACUCAAGCGCUACAGAAAGAUGGGAUAAAUGUGUGCAGUGUAAAAAUCCCAAUAUCGGUGUCCCGCGACUGUAGGUCAGUACCAGGACGUCGAAGACUGCGUUGCAGGUUCAAAAGACAUUACGUCACUCACUACAAGUGCUGCCCAGGCUUUGAGCGAGCAAGGGGGAAACCCGGAUGUCCAAAAGAAUUGUACGUUUCAAAGAAAAACAUYAUUGAUGUUGCUAAAGGACUUGGUUUGAACGAAUUCGUCAAACUGAUUACAGAAGCUGGCGUGGGAUCUGAACUUAUCUUGGUACGUAAUCCAAAGUUGUCAAUCCUCGAGGGACUUUUACGCAACGCUGAUAUGGACCUAUCAAACGUAACAUUAUUUGCACCGUCUAAUGAUGCUUUCAAGGCUCUACCAGCAGACAGGUUGGAGCGGCUACUCAACAAUAAGGAGUGUCUUACGAAAGUGCUGAAGUACCAUUUACUAGACCGACCAAUGUACAGCCAACUGCUAGAAUCAGCACGCUAUUCAACUAUCAACAAACAGUUUAUUGACAUCACAUCGACGGACAACGGCACAACACUCAAAGUUAACGACGCCAUGAUUACCACACGUGAUGUCACAACUGAUGACGCUAUUCUUCACGURAUUGACAAAGUCCUUAUACCAAUGGAUGCCAUGGAGGUCAUUGAAGCAGCGAAGGCAUUGAACCUAACACAAUUCGCCAAACUUCUAGAAAAAAGUGACUUAUUGAAGGAACUAGAGAAAAACGGCAGUUCUUAUACACUCUUCGCGCCAACAGACGACGCAUUUGAACUUCUGCCAACAGCCAUCAMGAAUGAAAUUAUGGCGGACCCGAAAAAACUCGACAUGAUACUUAAAUACCAUAUCAUUAACCGAAAAGUGUGGACCUACGAGUUUGGCAGAGAUAAGUUCAUAAUGUCAAGUAAUGGAAUGAGAUUAAGACUCAAUUUAUUCCGUUUUGGAAAGGUCCCUGCUGUUAAUGGCGCUUGCGUGAAACGUGCCAACCUGGGUACGUGCAAUGGUGUUAUCCACGUGAUUAACAAAGUCUUAACUAUACCAGAGAACACUAUCUAUGACAUCCUAUUAAAAAACCCAGAUUUCUCGAAUCUAGUGCGCAUCAUUGACAACACAGAUGUCAGGUCGUUCUUGACCAACAUUGAUGGAUCGAUCACAUUCUUUGCGCCAACCAACAAAGCAUUUGUGCGCCUGCUCCGUGGUUCGCCAAACACUCUAGGGCUUCUGAGGAGGGACCCCAAGGAGGCCUUACGAUUCCUCCGCGCACACCUCGUCAAUAACACUUUCUACAGUUGUUCWCUUGAGUGCAAAUACAGCUACUGGUCCUUGUUCGGCUCUCGCUACUCGGUCUUCUCCAUGUCACGUGACAUCCUUCGCCUUCGCUCGAGUUGGGAUGGGAGUGUUUACGURAAUGGGAUCGAGCUAGAUCCAAUCGAUGUUCCGGCGUCCAACGGUGUCGUUCAUGGCAUCAAUAAAGUGAUUGACUGGAGUCCCUUGGCUCUGCAAACAAAGUGGGGAAGACGUCGUAACAACCGUAUUUUCACUGACUGGGUGGACGUGUUUUUGAGGCAAACCUGAUGGCCUGCAAGGAAUACUGGGAUUGUAACGGUCCGUUGAGUUUUUUAUUAGGAUAACGUAGCCCCCAUAGUACUAAAAUCGCCAGAAUUAAUUAAAAAAUUAUGUCUCUUUACUUAAAGGAGUCAAACAUCAACUAAGAGACGGCUAAAUUUAUAUUUUUCGCUAUUUUUAUUAGAUUAGUAUCAAUACUUUGUAAUAUAGAAAAUAAGCUUUGCUUUACAAUAAAACUGAUUUUAUAUCAAUCUACUAUUGUCACUUAUAUCAUUAAACCGUAUUAAAACUUUUA